UGGCUCUGCUAUAAAGCCUCCACCAGCAUGAUCGCGACGCCUAGGGUGGCUUCGUUGGUGCUUGACCCUAGGCUGGGCAGCGUCUUUCCCCUCAAGCACCAUGCAGCUCCUUCUUGCUCUGCUGGCGCUGGCUUACGUGGCCCCCUCUACUGAAGACGCAGGCUGGUGCUAUCAGAUUCAAGCCGAGGAUCCUAGAAGCAGCUGCUUGGGGCCUGAGAAGUGGCCUGGAGCCUGUAAGGAGAAUCAGCAGUCCCCCAUCAACAUUGUCACUGCUAGGACAAAGGUGAACCCCAGAUUGACACCCUUCAUCCUCGUCGGCUAUGACCAAAAGAAACAGUGGCCAAUUAAGAACAAUCAACACACAGUGGAGAUGACGCUGGGGGGAGGUGUGUGCAUUAUCGGAGGAGACCUGCCCGCCCGGUACGAGGCCGUACAGUUGCACCUGCACUGGUCAAAUAGGAAUGACAACGGUUCAGAGCACAGUAUUGAUGGGAGACACUUUGCCAUGGAGAUGCACAUCGUGCACAAGAAGUUGACAUCUAGCAACAAGGAGCAGGACUCGAAGGACAAGUUUGCAGUGCUGGCAUUUAUGAUUGAGGUAGGAGACAAGGUGAACAAGGGCUUCCAGCCCCUGGUGGAAGCACUGCCCAGUAUCUCCAAACCCCAUUCAACCUCUACAGUGAGGGAGAGCAGUUUGGAGGACAUGCUUCCCCCAAGCAAUAAAAUGUAUACCUACUUCCGUUACCAUGGCUCACUAACCACGCCAAACUGUGAUGAGACUGUCAUCUGGACUGUGUACAAACAACCCAUUAAGAUCCACAAAGACCAGUUCCUGGAAUUCUCAAAAAAUCUGUACUAUGACGAAGAACAGAAGUUGAACAUGAAGGACAAUGUGAGGCCCCUGCAGCCACUGGGAAAACGCCAGGUGUUCAAGUCCCAUGCCCCAGGACAGCUGCUGUCUUUGCCCCUGCCCACUCUGUUAGUCCCCACACUCACCUGCCUGGUAGCCAACUUCCUCCAGUAAUGGCCCACUUCUGGAUAUCUGACCUCUGACCUCAGCCUUUAGAGGACAUGGCUUAUCUUUCUUUUUUUUUUUUUUUUGGUUUUUCGA